CUCGUCCGUUCUGAAAUAAGAAAAUUUAUCACUUUCAGUUUUGAAAAACCUUUUUAUUAUGUCUAAUGACCAAUUAAUGCUGAAAAAACACAAUUUAUCAUCUUUAAAAGCCCAAGUAGAAAACUGCCAGAUGAAUAUCACAUUAUUUUGGGUGGAGUUUCGAUUAAACCAUCGACAACAGUUAAACUUCUUGGUGUACUAGUUGAUCAACAUCUAGCAUAUGGUUGCCAUAUGGAUGCGAUUAAAAAGAAAUGUAAAGGUCUGCUUGGUUUACUUGUUUAAAUGUAAAGGUCUGCUUGGUUACUCAGCUAAUGAACUUCCUCAGGAGCUCUUGAAAUCGGCCUACACUUCAAUCAUACGCUCUCAACUUGAAUAUUGUAGUGCAGUUUUUGCUCCAGCAGCAAACAUUCAUCUUCAUAAAUUUGAUGUUAUUCAGAAAAUAGCUUCAAGAAUUAUUACCAGAGCACCGAGUAAUGCUCACUCCUCACCGUUGCAGGAAAAACUUGGAUUGGAAAGUCUUAAAACCAGACGAAUUUUUAAUACUGAGGGAGGACUUUUGUGUAGUCGUGAUGAUAGAGCUUCCAGAAUCAAGAUUGGUGACAAAAGAUUCAGCAGAUAUGCAAUAAGCAUAUUCAAUGAAAUGAACACAUGAUUGUAUGUGUUCUAGUUGAGCGCAUUAACAUGGGCCGGCUAUCACAAGAAUAUAUAUAAAGAACACACUAGCUACAAAGAUUACUAAAUUAUUGGAUAUGAUGAACUGAACAGUGCUUCUGACAUGGUUGCUCAAGCGUUAUCAACUCUAAAUAAUAGAUCAACAACAACAACAACAACAACAACAACGCGAAAUGUCAUUGUUAAAAUAAUUAAAAGGUGUUUUAAUCGUCAUUAUUAAAAGGUGUUUUAAUAAUGGCGAUUUUCGUAUGAAGAGGUCACUGUUACUUUUUAGAUAAUUGUUAGAUAACAUAUGUGUUUUAUAUUUAUAUAUGUAUAUAGAUAAAUAAAAUAUACAAAGAUUGUUUAUAUAUUAAAGAAAAACUAUAUAUAACUUUAUAUGACAUAUAUACGUC